ACGCACUAUUAUUAUCGCAUAGCGCACAUGGUAAGCGAUCGGGGAAAGCCGUAUGCGAUUCUCAGUGUUGUGUAUUUGAGGCCCGCGCUCCGUCAGCAGUGCAUGCGGCACCUAUGUGCUUAUUCAAAUCCCAAGAAAUCGACUUUGGUUUCAAACACUAUCAACAUGGCUAAAGUUUUGGAAGGACUCUUGGGCACACACGUUAUUCGUGGUCAGGGAGACAAAGCCGAGAAAGUGUCGGUAAGCUCGCUUUGUGGACGGAAUUCCGUGGUUGGCCUGUACUUCUCUGCACACUGGUGCCCCCCUUGUAGGGGCUUCACACCAAUUCUUGUUGAUUUUUAUAAAAGUUGGAAACAAAAAAGUGAGGAUGUUAAAUUUGAGAUUGUGUUUGUGAGCUGGGACAAAGAUGCAGCCGGAUUCACGGAUUAUUUCUCCUCUAUGCCCUGGCUGGCGCUUCCAUUUGACCCAGACAGACAAAAAAAGGGUAAGCUGGCCAAGAAGUUCCGGGUACAAGGCAUCCCCAAGCUUGUAUUAUUAGAUGGAGAAACAGGGAAAAAAAUAACUACAGAUGGCUACAUGCGUCUCACUGAAGACCCUGAGGGCUGUGAGUUUCCGUGGAGGAGGAAGAAAUUCACAGAAGUUAUGAGUGGCAAACUUAUAAACAAUGUUAAAGAAGAAUGUGAUGCUCUAGAACACUUGAAAGGGAAAUUUGUGGGGAUUUACUUCUCAGCUCACUGGUGUCCACCCUGUCGAGCGUUCACCCCGGAGGUGAUCAAGCUUUAUGAGAAGCUGGAGUCCAUUGGGAAGCACAUAGAGGUGGUGUUUGUGUCGUCGGACCGCAGUGAAGAAUCGUUCAGUAAAUACCUGGAAACCAUGCCCUGGUGGGCCAUACCGUUCGGUGAUAGCCGGAUGGAGAAGCUCAAAGCUAUAUUUGGUGUUGAUGGUAUUCCCACUUUUGUGAUCCUUGAUGGCAAUGGAGAGGUGGUCACCUUAAAUGGCCGAACAGCAGUCAAUGUGGAUAAAGAUGGACUGGAGUUCCCAUGGUAUCCCAAGCCUUUGAAUCCUCUAACGGAAGGGGAAGCUGUGGCUCUGAAUGAGAGCCCUUCCCUGGUUCUCUUCACAGAAGGUGAGGAGGCAGACAUAGAGAUGGCUAAAGAAGCACUGGAAGGUCUUGCUCGUGAGGAACACCAGAAAGGCGAGGAUCAGGAACUCUUCUUCUUUUAUGGGACAGAGAAUGAAUUUUGUGAUAAUUUGCGUGAUUUUGCCAACUUAGAGGACCAAUGCCCACUCCUGGUCAUCCUUGACUUUCCUGACCAAAAGGUUUAUCUCAGUCCGGAGACAGUGAUCACGAAAGAAGUUGCAUCAGACUUUGUAAAGCGUUAUUUUAAUGGAACACUGGAGGCCACUUCCAUCAGUUGAAGUCCAAGUCAUGUUUGUGUCCUUCAUGUGUGUUUUAUAUGGUAAUCAGUGGAGUUGAUAUAUUCUCCAUUCCAGGCUGGAGGGAACUUACACCGACAGUUUUUAAGAACUGGAAAAGAUUUCUCUUGACUGGUACAUUUUGUUGGUGGAAGUACAAAACCAUCUUCUUAAUGGUUUCCACAUUUAUAUUUCGCUAAAUUAUGACUGUGGAGUGGAACAUUAUGCUAAUACAGGAUAGUAAUGCUUCAUUAUCCACAUAGUGUAGGAUAUCACAAAUCAGUGACCUUUACGACCUGAACUUUAACCUCAUAUUUGACCUAUAAAUAUAUAUAUAUGGAUGAAAUUGAGGUUGCCAUUUGUGGUCCCCCUAUAAAACAUGGUCGAUACUGCAAAAAUAAACAAUUUGGGGAAUGAAGUGCUGUAUGAAUUAAAACAUUCAGCUCGGCCGUUGACCACCACAUCAAUCAUUACAAUCCUAAUGCAGGAGGGACCAACAUCAGUACAAGCUUAAGGAUCCCCAAACCACUGCUAUAAACUGUAACUAAGUUCUUAAGGAUCCCUGUACCACUGCCAAAAACUGUAACUAAGUUCUUAAGGAUCCCCGUACCACUGCUAUAAACUGU